AUGCCUGACCUGAAUAACCUGGCUUUGAAAGAUAAUCCGUUAAUAAGUUUUAAUUACCGCUCUUUCGGUGGUGUAGCAGGCAUUCGAAGCAUACAUUCGACACGUGAAUACUUAUGUUGCGUUGCGCCAUCCUCAGUAAUUGUAUGCAGACCAAAUCCGAAUCAAUUUAGCCUAUCUACGUGCUAUAAUAUUUUGGCGCAUGAUUUAUUGCGUGUAUUUAUCUGGGUAAUUGGUAUAAUUUCAGUCGUUGGUAACACAGUUUCUAUAAGGUGGCAUUCUCAAAAAAAAUCUUCUAAAAAACUUGGAAUAGUAGAAAUGUUAUUAAUUAACUUAUCGGCUGCGGAUUUUAUCAUGGGUAUCUACCUAAUUAUCAUAGCAUCAGCCAAUGUAUAUUAUGCAAACCGUUAUUAUGAAAUUUUUCAAGAAUGGCUACGUAGUGUACCAUGUCUAACGGCCUCGUUUUGUAUCUCAUUAUCGAGCUUAAUGUCGACAUUUGUGCUCUUUCUAAUAACUCUUGAUCGUUAUCUGCACCUAGUUUAUCCUUUUCAAAAUUAUCGCUUAUCUGCUAAAACUACUACCCUAGCAUUGGUGAUUCUUUGGUUAAUAUCAAUCGCAUUUGUUGGAUUACCAAUUAUUUAUAGUAUUAAUCAACCGUCAAUUAAUCGUCUAUAUUCUAGCAAUAGUGCAUGCUUACCUGGUAAUUUUAAUAACCCAUAUUUAUUAACAUGGUUAUUAUGUUAUGCUGGAUUAACCUUCGUCGUUUGGAUUUUUAUUGCAAUCAUGUAUGUCGCAAUUCUAUCGACAUUAGCAAAUUCACGUAAAGAAGCUCAUAGACGUUUAUCAAAGAAUGAUAAAAUUAUUCGCGCUAAAAUGAUUACUAUCGUAGCAACGGAUUUAAUAUGUUGGCUACCAUUAUAUAUAGUAUUAAUUCGAGGUUUUGGUUUUGGAUUAGACACGCAUUCACUACCAUUUAUCGCUGUGCUAUCAUUGCCACUAAAUUCAUGUAUUAAUCCGAUCAUUUAUACGCUCUUUACAACUACUUUUAUCGAUUACAUUAACUUAGCUAUUGGAAAGUUAAAUUGCUGUUCAUGUUUAACAUUCUUUCGAUCAAUUCGUAAGUCAAAUCAAGGCAGUCAACUACAAGGGAGUGAGUUAAGGCUUAUUUCUAAAUUAAAGUGA